AUACUUAGCGGUCCUCAUGAAAUCACAUUGUAGAUCCAGUGACACAUUGGUGACUCCUUAGGUUACUCCCUUUUUUCUUACUUGUGCUCUUCUGUUCAGCUAAAGAAUCAUGUAAAAUGUAUUCCAAGGACUACUAACCACACUUGGGUCCUCCACCAGACUUAGGAACCUCCGAGAAAAUAUCAAGUGAUAUUUAUAUCUGCAUGAUUUCUCCAAAAAAGUAUGUCUAUAUCUGUGUGGUUUUGCACAAGAUUACCAAUUUUAGGCCUGUGUGGUGUGAGGUGGGGUGCAUUUUGUUCUUGCAACAUUGGCAUAAGACCAGGAUGACUUCUCUGUUGCAGUGUCUAUUCAUCUAAUCCUAUUUAACUGAAAACAGAGGCUAACAGCCUGCGAAGAUAACUAUCCUUUCUUCCUACUUUCUCUGUCUUGUUGUGUGCCAAACAAGGCAUGAUUGUCUUCAUAUCUAUCAUCAAGACAAGGUCUCUCCCUUCCCUCACUAGUGCUUGAUGUCUAAUUGGUUUGAGUAUUAUAGGUGAGCAUGUACCGUUAUGCCUAUUGUAUUUAUUGAACUUUCGUGUCAAGUUAGGGAUUUGAACAUAAGACAACAAAUUUUUUCAAACUUUUGAUGGAUAAUACCUAAAUUAUCUUAGUCGUUUUGAUUAUUAUACAUCUUAAUGGGAGGCCUAUACUUAAAGAUAAUUCCUUAUGGAAGUCCGACUAACAUCACGAGAAUUAACUGGAUGUAAGACAAUUGAGAAUGGCCUUUUGUCAUCCAUCUGCAAGCAUUAAGAAAAAUAGAGUGGAAAAGUUGAAUGAAGCAAGCAAUAUAGUGGGGACAUGCAUUAAAUGCAUAAUAGUUUUUUUUUUCUUUUUUUGUACUCAAUUGGCCUAGUAGAAUUGUUUGUUAGCAGCUCUGAAAACAAUGAUUUGUAAAGGUGAUAUGCCAGAAUCUCUCCACUUGCAACUUUAUAUUAUCCAUUCUUUUAUAUCAUAUUUUAUUUUUUACUAUUUAUUUGGAACUUUCUAUGUUAAUAAUUGGCUUAAAUUAUUCAUAUUAAUGGUUAGGCAGGUCCCAAACUGCCAAUGCAUGCGAUGCUUUCAAUGGAUCAAGAAUGAUUUUUAGUUUACAGACAUGAUGGGAUCAUCAUUUAAUAGUGAUGUUUGCUUGGGAGUCUAGGUGAGGUGGGUUGGGAUAGUGUGGAUUGGGGUUGGGGAUGGGAUGGCUCUGGCAAGCAACGGCUCAUCCGUGACUAAUAGAUGGCAGUCUUUGUAUAAUAGUUUUCCAAGGAAGCUUUCUACAAGGUUUUUAUCCAUUCAUGAUGCUUUUAAUUUCAUUGGAUAUGAUGACAAGAGGUGAAGCUAAUAUUUUGAGGAGGUUAAUAUCUGCUUUCUUGAUCAAGAUUGGGUUGUUUCUCAUAAAUAAAAGAAGAGCUUAGAGCAAGUCUUCAAAAUCUUUGAAACCAACUCUUCUAUAGAUAGAUAGAUGGGUAGAUAGAUAGGACUGCACUAGUUUUUAAAAGAAAGAUUUCCAUCAGGUUUUUUUAUCUAUAGAUGAUACUUUUAGUUUCCUUGGAAAUAGUGAUUAGAGGUGCAGCUAAUAUGCCGGAGAGGGUAAUAUCUGAUUUCUUGAUCAAUACUGGAUUGCUUCUUAUAAACAAGAGAAGUGAUUGGAACAAGUCUUUAAAAUCUUGAAAUCUGACUCUUUUCAAUUUUGCUUUUGCUACCUUCUUCAGGAGUUGGUAGGUUUUCCUUGUACUUCACUUCAUUUUCUUAAAGAAUUAGAUCAAUCUGUCUAAUUCUUCUCUCAACCAACAACAAAAAAAAAAAGAAAUGUUGAGUAGAUUGUCAUGGCGUAGCAUAAUAUACAAGUGUAGAAAAUUAUGUAUUACUUUUAUUAAUAGAUAACACUCUUCCUCUACAAAUACAUUUUUUUUAAAAAAAGGAAGAAGUGGUGAUGGUCUCAAUAAUAAUACAAGGUUCAUGGCGAAUUGAUGGUCUCAAUAAUAAUACAAGGUUCAUGGCGAAUUGAUGGUCUAAUGUGGGACAAGAUUCAUUAAUUAAUGUAUUCAAACAACUGAUGAUCUACCUCUCUAAGGCUCUAACUAAGCAUGGUCUCCACAAAUAAUUUCCAAGCAUCUAACUGCCUGCCUUGGACUUGAGCUUGGCCGCCGCAGCGCCUGAAGGAGAAGGGAGUUUAACCUUGAGAGUCCAAAUCAAGUAUUAAAUUGGUUGACUUUCGUGAGUGGACGUUGGCCAACACAAUUUGGGUUGAGUGAAGUACACGUUGGGGUUGGUGGGCGUGAGGCCACAACACAAUCUGUUCAAAGUUGGUAUCCUUCCUGUAGAUGACCUGCCAAGUGUUCAAUAAUUAUAGUUUGAAGAUCAAACAACCAUUUAAAUAGGUUUUAUAAGCUCAUGUGGGGCUCAUUUAUCAGGUAGUUUUAUGUCCCUCUCCUGUUUUGAUACAGUGUUUUUGUUUUCUAAUAAUAAUAAAAAAAAACUUGUUCAGAUGCAACUUGCUGAAUACUGUAUAGGUCGAUCAUCCUCACAUAAGAUUGUAAUUUGUCAAAGCGAGUGAUGUUCUUGGAUCGGAGCUUAUGAGUUGGAACUGGAAAUUAUAUAGUUGUUAGGGUUAAUCAUUUCGUUCAUAACUCAUAAGCUCUCUUUUUUCUGAGGAAAAAUGGAGGACGUGAGGCAUUUCCCUUGAUUUUAUUUGAAAAUUACUUAACUACAAAGAGUAUUUACAUGUCGACGAGAGAUUACAAGUGAAAAAUUCUUCUAUUCCUCCCGUGCCAUCCUUGCCAAAACAAAGAGCCAUAAGUAGCCAAUCCUAACCUCUCUUUAUACUUUUAUGAGUUUUCCUUGAUCUCCAAGAUGUGCAAAGAGCAUGAAGAUUGGAAGGCAAUCCAAUCUAUCCGAGGCAUCUAAUAAGGGUGGUCCAUAGAUCUUGUAAAAGGACAUGUAAGAAAAAGGUAAGUUGUAGUUUCUGUAAUAGGACUUUACCCAAAAUGGCUAGCUAGAAGGUAUUAUUUGAGUUUCUUGAUCCUGCAUAAGUACUUAAGAUCUUCUCGGUAAAUAACCGAUAUGGGACUAAACACACACCUGCAUGGAUCCUCAUAGUUUCUACACCUGCAUUGCAUAGAAAGUACUUAAAAACCCGACCACCCAGUCUCUCAGUUUUUCCUUUCAAGAACAUCACGAGCGUGCAGCUUCUUUGAAGAGUUGGCCAGAGGAACACCUUAAACUUUUUCUGGCACCUCAGCUCUCCGGAUGAGUUUGUGGUAGAAAAAACAUUGACUCCUUCCAUUUUUUUUGUAAGCUUCCAAACUGGUUUACAACCAAUUCUAGCAGGUCUAACUAUUAAGUGGAGAUCAAUUAACUGCUGACUUGGAUGGUUUGAAAGUUUGUUGAAUCACCUAUUUUUCUUUGUCAUUUUGUAUAAUCAAUAAUUAAAACCAUUAGUGGGAUCACACAAAUGGAAAGUUGGGGAUUUUGCUGUUUGAGACUAAGACAGACAUGAGCCAAGAAGAAAUGAGAUCUAGAUAUUUACAUCGAGCAGUGCUUUAGACGCGUGCAAAAAAAAAGUCUGAAAAGAUGAUAUCAUGGAGGGAUGAAAAAAAUCCGGCCAAAUGUGAUGUCAUUUACCUAGAUGCGAGGACGGUAAUUGUUUUCAAAAUAUACUUUUCUUCAUCGAGAAUAAUACAUUACAACGAUCUAUUUUUAGAUAGAAUAAAAAAGAGAGAAUGAAUUAAGCCUUGCAAGUGAUUAUUAGGAGUCCAUCCCUCUUUCCCCCAACUCCUACGGUCCUACCCCUUCUCAUUCAAUACUAACCCCAUUCAAAAAUAUUUUCUUUUUUUUUAUGAAAAGAGAGGCAAAGCCAUCCAGCUUUUAUUAGAAAAAGGCUUUACAGAAACUCUAACCCCAUUCUAAAAUGAGAUCACAAAAGGUUCCUAGAAUAACAAAGUUGGUAUUUGAUCCAAAAUUAACUGCACAACCUCACAUGUCUCACACCAAAAACUAGUUUUAUGUCCUCUUGGAGAACCAAAAUACUUUAUCAUAUUAAAUGAACCAAAAUACUCUGUAGUGCAAUUCUGGUACCAAGAAAAAGCUACAUUAUUAAGGCAAACUGUAUUGUUGACUGAAUUGCCUCUUUUAUUGCUCAUCACUCUGGAGGGUUUAUCUGGAUGGACCACGUGUCUGCGCUGAAGCCUCUAUAUAGCCUUUGUUUUCUGAUUUUGUUGGCCGUAUUCACAUUUGUCGGAUGUAAGCCACCGUUGUACACGAAGAGAGAAAAAAAAAAGCUUCAGCAUCAUGUAUCAUAAGAGAAGUAGUGCUAUGGACCAAUACUCUGUCAAUCUCAUGAAUUACACUCAUCUCGUUCCAUCAUAUGGCAUUACUGAGUAUUGAAGGCUUUUUUCUUGAUAGCCAAGAAGGAAAAGGUCGGCCAGAUUCCAAACGAAGUAUCCUUCAAAGCCCCAAACUAGACCAUCAAGUUGUCAAAACCAUGAUGUUCCCAUGAGAGAGGUCAAACUGUCAAUGGCUGCCAUUUGUUCACGUCUUCCAUCCAAAGUCCUCCAUCUGAGAGGCUGUGUCCCACCAAUUCAGCCAGUUUUGUUCACCAAGUAGAAUGGUGGUUAUGAUUAGCCAUGUAAGUCAUAUUUGAAAUAUUCUGAUUUCCCAUCCUUUUCUAUAUCACUUCUGUCAAAGAAAAAUCUUUAUCAAAUUAGGUGGGGGAAAUGAAUACAUCUGGUCCGUGAUUUUGGAGGUAUUAAGAUCCUUUCACCAAUUAUUAUAAUUUAAUUUUUCUCCAAAUAUAUGCUAUAAUUUAUUGCAAAAAUAUGCUUCGUCGUAUAAUGAGCAAUCAUAGCAAAAUUGAUAUCGACAAUUCUUAUAAUAUUUUAUGAAUAAUACAAUCAUUACUUUAAGAGAAUCCAGGUAUAAUUAGAGUAAGAGUACUCUAUGUUAGUGAAGGACUCUCAUUUGGAAAUAAUUAAUCCUCUGAAUUAUAAUAGUAGAAGCCGACCUAGAUCAACUAUAUGUAAUGAUGUUUAAUUUGAAUUUGAGACCUCUUGCUUGGAGAGGAAUGUACCAACUACCGAAGCUAGCAGUUGUUGGUAGGUUUAUUCUGAAUUAUUCCCCACUAUCCUUUAUGAUCCAAUAAUUUUGUUCUAAGAAGCUGACCAUUCAACCUACUUUUUUUCAAGAAAAAAAUCCUUUUUUGACAAAUCUUCAAUGACUUGGUAUGUUUGUUAACCCCUACCACACAAACAACCAUGCACUCAAGACAAGUAUAAUCCCUAACUUCUCUUUUCAUUUCUCAGAUACUAAACACCCAACUACAUGAACUCUAUGUUGCUUAGAUGCACCAGAGAAGUCAUGUUUACUGAACAUAGGAAUCGAAAUAAUUAUUUGCUUGGACAAAAAAUUAUUUGAACUUUUCUCUCUUUAAUAAAAAUGCUUUUGCAUGCACAAAAAGAUAAAAGAAGAAAAGAAAAGAAGAGAAAAAAAAAAGGCCCCUACCAACUUUGCAAGCACUAAAGUUUAAAAGAGACUGAUGAGAUGCCUCCUUUUUUUUCCCCUUAUUAGUCUUCAACGAACUCCAGGUUCAUUCACACUCACUAGAGAUGAUAAUAUCCAAAUUGAACACAAAAUAACAAAAGAAAUGGUCUGAGAACAGAGUUAAUCCUCCAAGACUCCCUACUCUUAAGCCUUGGUUGGUAGAAUUCAAACCACUUUGUCUUCGGUCUUUGUUCUCUCUAAAGCCUCCUUACCAUCCCACCUUGCCCAUCAAUUAAAAACCAUGUCAUCUCAUAUGCACCCAAAAACAAAACCAUCUCAUCUCACACCCCUUCAAAAAUAAUACUCCAAAAAAGAAGGUUCCAAUUACCCUUCAAACACCUUCUCCUUCUCAUUUCUCCUCUCUCUCUCUCUCUCUCUCCUUCCCUUCCUUGCUACGAUGAUAUUCUCUAUCCCCUUAACCACCUUUCUUCCUCUCCAAUGUCUCUCCAAAACUACUCCCCACUUCUCCUCCUCCUAGUCCUGCUUCUCUUCGUUUCAAUCCCCUCCAUCUCUUGCCAUCUAUCCACCGUCGCAAUCUCCCACGUCUCCAAUGGAACCAUAGUCUGCGCUCUCCUUCCUUCGCACACCAGCAAGCAAUUCGACCUCAAUUGCACCAGCAUCGCCAAAAGAGUCCAGAGGAACUACCCGCCGGCCAACAACGAAUCCUACGCCGCCAUCGCCGCCGGCGACGGCUUCCUGUGCGCGCUCGGACCCACCGCGGUCUCCAAUGAAUCCUCCAUGCGCUGGUGGGAAUUCAAACAAGAGUCGUCCGCUAAUGCUUCGAUCCAGCAUUCCAAGCGGCUCUACCACGGGCCGCCUCUCGUAUCGCUCUCCGCCGGCGACACCCAUGUCUGCGGCCUCCAAGGCGGCGCCACCCGCAAACUCGACUGCUGGCGAUGGCCGCAGCUUGUCUUCCCUGAGGAGGUUAACUUCACCGACAUCGCCGUCGGUGCGGAGUUCGUCUGUGGAUUAUUAUCAGCGUCCCAAGAGAUCCGAUGCUUCGGAAAUGAUUCGACCGUUGUAGGCCGUGAGCCCAACGGCUCUUUUGUUGAAGUUGCCGCCGGAUCUCAGCAUGCGUGCGGGAUCUCCAAGUGUGGUGAAUUGGUUUGCUGGGGAAUUGGUGCUCCCAAAGUGGAUGCAACAUUUGAGAUCACCUCCUUGGCCUUAGGAGAGAACCGGACCUGUGCUCUGAUUACCAAUGGAACAGUGCAGUGCUGGGGGGGGAACUCUCAAUUACCAGAUGACCUCUCCAAGUCUCAAUUCGUGGGAAUCGAAGCCAAAGGCAAUACUCUGUGUGGGAUCCUCAUGGCUAAUUACUCCUUGGUUUGUUGGGGGAAUGAGAUCUUCGAGUCCCGUCCCAUGGUGUUCGACCGCGUGCUGCCCGGAGCUUGCGCACCGGCGUCCAGUUGUUCUUGCAUCUUGGCGGACUCUGCAAACAUCUGCAGCCAUGGCGCCGCCAUCUGCGAGCCAUGUUGGUCUGUAUCGCAAGUUAAUCCUGCACCGCCGUUACCACCGCCGCCGCCGCCGCCGCCGCCGCCAAAGUCAAAUUCAACAGCACCACCUCAAGGAACAAGCAGUAACAGGAGAAGGGUAGUCAUCAUAGUCCUCACCACCGUCGGCCUCGCCGUCGGAUUGGCUGCGACUGCCAUAUGCUUCAUCCUCCUCCGUAUUUACCGAAACAGUGGCCGAGUCCAUGACAUGGUGAGACUACAUGGUGCAGCAGCAGCAGCUCCGCCGCCGCUUGAAGCAGUGGAAGGCUCGAACCUACCGAUCGACCGGCGGCUGAGCUUGAUGAUCAGCCAAGGCCACAGCUCGACGAUCGAGGAAUUCCCGCUGGCCGUCCUCCUUGCCGCCACCAACAACUUCUCCGACGACCACAAGAUCGGCUCGGGCAGCUUCGGGUCAGUCUACCGUGCAACGCUCGAUGACGGCCGCAUCGUCGCCAUCAAACGCGCCAAGGCCCCCGCUGCGACCGCCGCCUCCACCUCCCACGCCGACCGCCGCCGCCGCGACCGCGACCGCGAAGCCGCCUUUCUCUCCGAGCUGGCUCUCCUCUCCAGAGUCAACCACAAGAACCUAGUCCGGCUCCUCGGCUUCUGCAGCCAGGCCGGCGAAAGAGUUCUGGUCUACGAGUUCAUGGUCAAUGGGACGCUCCAUGAUCACCUCCACAAGCUCGCCGCCCCGCCGCUGGCUUCGUGGGCGGCGCGGCUAAGGGUGGCGCUCGACGCGGCUCGGGGGAUCGAGUACCUGCACGUCUACGCCGUGCCGCCCAUCAUACACCGAGACAUCAAGCCCUCCAACAUCCUCCUGGACGCCACGUGGACCGCCAAGGUCGCCGACUUCGGCCUUUCCCUCCUCUCCCCCUCCCCCGACGACGACGGCGACGGCGGCGACGACGACGAUACAUGCCACAUGUCGUCACCACGAGCCGCGGGUACCGUCGGAUACAUGGACCCCCAGUACUACCGGCUCCAGAACCUGACCGCGAAGAGCGACGUCUACAGCUUUGGAGUCGUCUUGUUAGAGUUGUUGACCGGGCAUAGAGCGGUACACCGGAACGAUGAGAGCGGCACACCGAGGAACGUCGUGGAGUACGCUGUACCCAUCAUCGAGGCGGAUGACAUCCACCGCGUGAUGGACCGGCGGCUGCCGCCGCCGACGCCGAGCGAGAUCGAGGCGGUGGCGUUCGUGGGCUUCUUGGCGGUUGACUGUGUGAGCCCAGCUGGCAGGGACCGGCCCACGAUGACGGAGAUUGUAGCCGGGCUCGAGCGGGCCGUGGCAGCGUGCGCCGCGCCAUCAUCCACGGUUCUGCGAAGGUCCGCCACGGCCCGGUCCAUCUGACACGUGGGGCAAAAUUUUUUGCACGUACUUUUCUUUUUAUUUAUUUUAUAAAAAAAUUCUUAUUAUUAUUUUUUAAAUUUCAGUCUA